UGUGAGAACCAGUUCACUCUCCGCCAAAUACUUCGGCUCUGCAGUUUCAUUUGAGUCAUAACUCAUAGAUCAGGAGAGUUGACUCGAAAUCAUAUUGUCAUUAUAAUUCAUCUCCGCGUUUCAUUCACAAGUCAGUCAUUCUAUAGUGUUCCCCUUGAAUUGUUUGAGAGCCACAGGGGUGGUUCGUGCACCUCAUACCUCUGACCCGCCAAAUGAUUAUAUUAAAUAAUUUCAUAAAGGAACUUUAUUUCAAAAACAUGUACAAGUUUGCGUUAUAUUUGGCUAUUUUUGGCUACGCGACAAAUCUUAGUGAGGCGUUGGCCUUGAAAAAUCAAGCUCUGGAUUGGUGGCAGCGAGGUGUUUUCUAUCAAGUUUAUCCAAGAUCAUUCCGUGACAGCAAUGCAGAUGGUAUUGGGGAUUUAAGAGGUAUUGCAGAGAAAGUGUGGUACUUAAAAGAUCUGGGGGUGACGGCAGUAUGGCUGAACCCCAUUUUUGAAUCUCCUAAUUUGGAUCUCGGAUACGACAUCUCAAACUAUACUAAAAUUGAUCCGGUCUACGGAACAUUGGAAGAUCUGGAAUACCUAAAAAACGCUCUACAUAAAGCAGGAUUGCGACUCUUGCUGGACUUUGUUCCUAAUCAUACGAGUGAUCAGCACCCAUGGUUCCAAAAAUCUAUCAAAAAAAUUGAGCCAUACACCAAUUACUACGUCUGGAAAGACGCAAAGUUCAACGCGAAAGGAGAGAGGAUGCCACCGACUAACUGGAUCAGUGAAUUUGGAGGCUACACUUGGAGCUGGAAUGAGGAAAGGCAACAAUAUUAUCUCCAUCUUUUCCAUUACAAGCAGCCUGACCUAAACUACAACAGCAAAGAACUCGUUAAAGAGAUGACGGAUGUGAUCAGAUUUUGGCUAGACAGAGGGAUUGAUGGUCUCCGGAUGGAUGCUGUUACCUUCUUGUAUGAAGAUCCGCAGUAUAGGGAUCAAGAAUUACUGUCCCCGGAUCUAGAUCCAUGGGAUUUCAAGAGCUACAAUCGUUGCCACACGAUGGACCAACCGGCAACAUACAGAUUAAUAACCAAGUUCAGGGAGAUUUUUGACGCCUACUCAAAGAAAGAUGGCGAGACUAAGGUCAUGAUAACAGAGGCAUACACAUCACUGGAUAAAACUAUGGAAUACUACAAGUUUGGUGAUAAACCUGGUGCUCAUAUGCCUUUCAACUUUCUAUUCAUCACCUCUCUUGAUGGGCGGUCACCAGCAAAGGAAUACCAAAGAAUCAUUGAAAGUUGGAUGUCAGGAAUGCCCGAGGGACAGUGGCCCAACUGGGUGAUUGGUAACCAUGAUAACCACCGGCUUGCUUCGCGAUACGGUACUGAUCUAGUGGAUGGUUUGAACAUGAUUGGGCUCCUUUUACCUGGCACCGGUAACACUUAUUACGGCGACGAGAUUGGAAUGGAAGACACCAACGUUCGAUUCGAUGAGGGAGUCGACCCGCAGGCUUGCGAAUUCGGCAAGGAGAAGUACCGCCUCGUCACGAGGGACCCGGAAAGGACUCCCUUCCAAUGGGACACAACUUUAAACUCUGGGUUUUCUGCCAGUUUGAAAACAUGGUUACCAGUCAACUCAAACUUUUGGCGGUUGAACCUAAAAGCACAGGUUCAGUCUGAGGGUAACAGCCACUACAAAGUAUAUAAACGGCUUAUAGAUGUGCGGAAAACAGACACGAUGCUGUAUGGUGCCCUUGAGACCCACGUUCUCUCUAAAUGGGUCUUCUCAUUUGCUAGACGUCAAAAUGGCAGUGACACUUACGUGGUCGUCGUCAAUUUGGGAAGUGAAACAGCUCCUGUAGACCUCUCAGCGUUCAUGAAUGACAUCCCUGAUACGCUCACCGUUCACACUAGCAGCAUUAAUUCCCAACAUCAACCCGGGGACAAAGUGGCUAUAAAUGAAUUCAUGAUGCGGCCGAAAUCCUCCCUUCUCCUGACAACUGCCUCAGAAGUGCCACCGCCAUCCUAUAAGACGAUAACAUCGAGCUCGUCGAAGCUGAAUGUUCCAAUUGGGACUCUCAUUUUAUUCCUCUUUUGUAAAUACUUAGUAUAGAGCGUCUGUGAUAAUUUAAAUAAUUAAGAUACAUUGAAUAAAAUAUUAAAAGGUUGCUUCCCAUUUCAAACUCCUUUGAAUACCUUUACUGUGAAUGCUACUAAAAUACUGUUCAUUUUGCGAUUAGAUAAGUGUAACAUGGAACUGUAUAUAUAUUUAAAAUAUAUUGUAAAAAUGUACAUACAUUUUGAAUUAUAAAACUUCUGUAUAGUUA